AUGGUAGACCGGGGUUCAAUUCCCCGUCUCGGAGCUCUUUCACAGCGCAAAUGGUUUAGUGGUAAAAUCCAACGUUGCCAUCGUUGGGCCCCCGGUUCGAUUCCGGGUUUGCGCAAUUUUUUUUUUGUUGAUUUUCUCCAUGUUGACAUACAGACAUUUGUUUCUCUUGAUAGAUAA